UAUGAGUGACGACAAAAGUAUGCGCCUCACGAAUACACACCACAACUGGUUUGACACACACCAGCUCAGUAGCAUAAUAUGUCCGAGUGUGUUAGUUGUUAUCGUUAUAAGUUGUGCAUUCAUGUCUUAAAGUAAGUUACUUUUAUAUUAUUACUUCCUACGGUAGGUCACUUUCUCUUGUAGCUAGCUGUCGACCGUGCUAACUCUGCUUGCUAGCUGGCUGUGCUGAUAACAGAGUUUAAGCUAACCCACAGAGGACACACUCAUGGCUUACACACAGAUACUGAAAGCCCUGCAUCGAAGUUUGCAGCAUGCAGCGACACCGUACGCCGUGCAGACAUGUAAACUCACACAGGUCAGCCUGCUCAUCCACACACACAGGACACUGUCAACUGUGUCCAGACCGACCCUCCACAGAAGGGCUCCUUCGUCUGUUCUCCCAGCACUGAGCUGCUUCAUUGAAUCACAGAGGCGGCGGGGUAUUUCUCUCGCCUUCACAGCCAGAAAUCAGAGCAGCCCCGAGAACAGAGACAAGUCAGUUUCCAGGUAUCAGAGUGGGAGCCCAAAGCCUUCAGCUGCACAGAAAGUGAAGGACGCCGGCAGAGACUUCACCUACUUGAUAGUUGUCCUCAUCGGGCUUGGAGUUACAGGUGGGCUGUUAUAUGUGGUGUUCCAGGAGCUGUUUUCUUCCUCCAGUCCGAAUAAAAUCUAUGGAAAAGCAUUCGACAAAGUCAAGUCACACCCAGAAGUGAUUGGUGCAUUUGGGGAGCCAAUCAAAUGUUAUGGUGAGACCACCCGCCGAGGAAGGAGGCAGCAAGUCAGUCACUUGGAGUAUCUGAAGGAUGGACUGAAGCAUAUGAGACUUAAGUUUUACAUCGAAGGUUCAGAACCAGGCCUCAAGGGAACUGUACAUUCAGAGUCAAAAGAGAAUAAUGAAACUGGAAAAUAUGAGUUUCGUUAUAUAUUUGUGGAGAUAGACACCUACCCAAGACGGACCAUCAUUGUGGAAGAUAACCGAUAAGAAAAGAUGAUGGACUUCACUGAAAAUAAGUGAAUAAUGUGUGUCAGAUUGUGGCAGACAAGGCAGACAAAUAGCUGAGGAUGUAAACUUUAAUUUACUAUUUUACGUUGUUGUGUUAAACAUCAACAGUUUAAACUUUUCUACAGUAAUGCACCGGUCAGCAUUUGGUGAAGGGCUUUGCAAAGCACAGUCUUUUUCACAGAUAUAAAAUGAUCAUCUGACUCUUAUGUGGUUUCUGUUUUAUUAAUCAUACACAUGCCACUGUCUUGGUUUUUAUUUUUGGCUAAAGACAGGUUGUGAAUCUUGACGUAAUAUGAAAUCAAAAAUGCUGUUAAAUUGUAAUGAAAAUGUUUGUGCACAGAGACACAUAUACAACAAAAAUAUCAGUGUUUUAUUUUUUCUGACAGUGUUGAAACCAUGUGAUUGAUCUUUUAGCUUUAUAGAAUUGUAUGUAUGGUUUAAUUGGGGCAUUAGCAGUAAUUUUAGCAAAAGCGUUUAGUCCUAAAAACGUUAAAAUACUGUGGCAAGUCUGUUAUUUUAGAGAUCUUGAAACUCGCAUUGUAAAACAAUGACCACUAGAUGGCGGCAAAGAAUCGAGAUGGAGCAACCUCAAACGACCUUUUAAAUUAUUUAAAUAUUUUUCAUUCAUUUACAGUUUCAUGUGUAUGUAUUUGACUGGGUAUUUUGAAUAGCUUUCAGUAUAUUUUGGAAGGUAUGAAGGGGAAAACAGACAUUGAAGAUUCUACAGUAACUGAGCGUCUGAUUUUAAACAAUGAACACUCAAGUUAUUCUUGGAGUGGUUUCGCUUCUUAAUAAAAUAGUUUAUUCUUGUUUUUCAUUCGUUGAUACCGUUCAUAUACAAUAUUGUGAGAGUGUAUUUGUAUGUUCAUAUUUUGUCUCUUUAUUAUUCCUUUGUCCGACAAAUGCUGUGCUGCCUUCCAUGACCCUCGGAAAUAUUAAAAUUUAUGAUGGACCUCUACGAAACGCCCCAGCUAUAACUCGGACAAAUCACUUUUUUAUUACUUGUGUCAGCACUGACGCUGAGAUGUGACCUCCGUAGGGACAGGGAACUUUAUUACUAUGGUGAAUAAUUUAACGGUUGUAUUGUUUGAGGUAUUUUUCAUCUAGGGGCCACACUUUUUGAUAAUUGAAACAUCAACUAUGAUCCCAAAUGAAACGGGAUUUCUCAUUUUCAUUUAUUCUAGUGUGGUAUUAACUAAUUCCGUGCUGCAUACGUGUAAUACAUCGGGCACCAUGGGGCUAUUUGGAGAUAUAAUUUCCUGACUGCAACAAUAGCACUUGAACGUAAAAUAUCAGAUUAAUUGUAACUGGGGAGCAGUUUACGGGAAGCACCGAAGGCAACAGUCUCGUGAACGCCGCCCACUGUGAGACCAAAGGCAGCAUUGAACGCACAGGGAUGAGCUAAGUCAGUUAACGCUAGCUUAAACUGUAAGACUAGUGUAGUUGUUUUUUCAGUGUUGAGUUAACGACCAGUUUUCCGAGCAACUACCGAGUCGCCUUGUAUAUAAUACCAAGAAGGUAUGUUCAUAAAGCAGUUUAAUUUCAGUUGUUGUUUUUGUUCUCCGCGUGGGUAAAUAGAGUAACGGCUGUUGUUGUCGUUGUGGCCUGCUACACGAUAGACGAGCUAAACUAGCGGUAGCCUCAGCUGGUUCCUGGAGCUCUCUACUCGCAUCACAUCCCAGAAACGACAAGGGAAAUGGCACACCUAUCCACCUAACUCAGAAGGCGUCGCUUUAAAGGCAAGUUGUGUUUCUGGCCAAGGAUCAGCGAGUUAUUCCUCAGCUAUGAGAGCCUGUACACAGUGACAUCUCACAGAAAUGGAGCUGUACUGGUACAUAGUUGUCAUCAUAUUCAUCAUCAUCAAGAUAUUUUUCUAUGUGUGCUGGUAUCGAUCAAGACAGAGGCAACUGGCAGCAUACCUGAGCAACCCACGCAAUGCCCAGAUAGUUAUUGUUGGAGGAAGGGCCUACCUUCAUCAGAUGUGUGAGAGACAAAGUCAAACAUCUGUCUGGCCCAGUUGGUAUGGUGUUCAGGAUGACCUGUCAAUAGAAGAGCCCUCUACAGCCCUGCCACCAGCUGCAUCCUUCUCCCACCUUGACAUGCCACCACCAUAUGAGGCAGUCUCUGGAGAGGAUGAUCUGAAGCCACCUCCCUACAGCGAAUGCGCUCACGGUGACGAGGCCGGCGCCCCUCGCCCCUCCCAUCACGCCCCUCUCAUCUCUGAGGGAGGAGACCUGACUAGCAUAAACGAAGCCCCGCCGCCCUACACGCCAUCUCCCCACACACAAGUCAGCCAACAAGAAGGCCCUGCGAGCCACAUUGAGUCCCAGUCGGAGAGCAGGUCCACUUAAUCAGCCCCUAAUGCCAGUUUGCCUUUUCCAUGCACUGCCUUCCUACAUUCAACCUCAGUGAUCGUUGCCAGCCUAACUCUCAUCACAUGAGAGCAAGAUGUUUAUUUGGAUGCGAGCGUAUGCGUGCAUGUUUGUGUGUAUGUGUGUGUUUGGUGAUUUUUAGAACCGAGUUGUUUUUCUACUUUGUAUUGUUUAAAAAAAAAGUGGUCAUCUGAUGAGUUUGGCAAUAACAGAUGACAUCAGCAAGCCUGUGUGCCUCAGUCAGGACCGCAGAACCUGCCUCCCAGCUAUGAUGAGGAUAAUACCCUUGACCUCUAAGCUCAAAGGGAAUCUGUGAGAUACAGAUAAGCAGAGAGAGACAGAGACUUCAAAGUGUGCUUUUUUUUUUUUUUCAAAUAAGGCUUUCUCCCCCUGUAUGUCUGAGGCCACCUCCUUUCACAGAUUAACUCAUUUUAAAAGCAUGAUUGGGCAGAUGACAGGUUUUACUUCCUGUUACUGUGAUGCAUUGUACACAAUAGCAGGAACUACAUAUGGGACAUCACUUCAUCUUUGUGUGUCUGUCUAUAGACAUCGUCAUGAUCACAGUAACUCAGUAACCGUGAUCCCUGAUGCAAAAUUCAUAGUGUCUAAUUAGAUUUCAGAGCAUCUUGCUGUGUACAUGUGCAUAUUAAAUAAAUUGUAUCAACUUCUUCAAACUUUUAUUACUCUCAGUGUUUCAUCGAUGUCGCACAUUUGUUAUGUGGAGACAAAGUAUGUUGAUGAAGAACUAUUUGGUAACGAAUGUACUAAUUGUCUUAAAUAAUGACCUCAUUAGCAUCAGUGCUCUUGCUUAAUAUAUCAUGGUGAUUAUACCGGGACAUCAGGCAAUUCAAGUGCCUAUUAACAUCUGUGAGUGGAAGUGAGCGAGGGCAAACAGAAGAGGGGGGAACAAGUUGAUGAAAUAAAUGAACACAGUAGACGGCAGUAGACGAGAGAUUGUUCAUCUGUUGAUGAUCACCAUUACUGCUGGAUUCUGUCUGUUUCUGCUCUGCAUUAGUUUCUGCUCUGCAUUACCUGUAUGCCAAGAUGCAAGGUUCUGUGUGAACAGUAUAAACAUUUAUUUUGUUACGUCUCUGUCUUUAAAAAGUUAUGGAGUUCAACAGUCUUCAGAACCACAAAAGAAUAUUUGUUGCUCAGUCCCUAAACUCAUACGACAACACAUUUCAUGUAGUUGUUGACCCAGCUGUAAGAUAAUCAGAUUUGAUUUUAUGAAUUGUAAUGUUGAGCUGGAGGCUCAGAUGAAAAAUGAUCUUAAAAUGAAAAAAGGGUUAACAUCCAGGAAACAGCUCAAGCUUAAAAUUUUUUUGGAGCUGAAAGCUGCAUUCAACGUGGUCACUAAGAAGUCAUCAACAAAACUCACUUAUUGCUUUUUUCCCAUAAUUGUUGCAAAAGGAAGACUAACCUUUUUUUUUUUUUCUUUAACAAGCACUCUUCUGUUUCUUCUUCUUCAUGUUAAUCAGCCACAGGCCAGCCAAGUGUGUAUGUUUCCUCUGGUGUAUUUUCUGUCAUAGUAUUGCUUUGAGAAAUGUUAUUACUGUGCUUCUUGCAUCACUGCAUUUCAGAUAACUCAGAAAUAGCACUGUAAAAUGAUACUCUCAAGUAAUCCACCUCUCAUGUUUGUUCAGCAAAAAUAUAAUCUGUGUACAGUUUCUGAUAAAAAAAAAAAUGGAAAGGAAAGAAAAACUAUGAACGCUGUGUAAAUGUAUUUUUCCACCUAUGGGAAAGUAUAUAAAAAGGAGUCUUAGUGGGGAAUCUGAAUUCAAAAUGUUAAAAUGUAAUGGGUUAUAAUGAUAAUCCUGUAUUGUGAUGACAAAUCGUGGAGCAUCCAUCACUGACGCCUUCCACAAAAUCUUACCUGUGGUUUUACAAUCUGAGGGAUGCAACAGAGAAGCUGCAAGAUACAAAUAUGAAUACAGCUUUGAACUCAGUUGACAUCACUAACAGCAGCAGCAUGAUGAUGAUUGACUACCUAAACUAUAGUAUUACAGGCUUCUACUAUAAUGUACGUCCUGUUUGUUAACUUCAUGUUCAUUCCUGUGGUGGGUGGCCAAUCAGAUCUCUCCAGUGAGUAGCUUUGUGAGUUAAGGGGAAUUUACUUUUUUUUUUUUUUUUUUUGUCUGGUUCGGGGGGAAAUACGUCUUCUGUAUUAAACUGUUGUUCAUAA